AUGCCGAUCAAAGAAGACGUGUUGGGUGCAGUCUCGCUGCUGCAGACCCCUCUGGGCUUCUUCUCUGAGCUGCCUCAUCUCCCCUCUCCCCAGAUACAUGUUGAUGGCAUCGGCGAGAUCAAAGAACCCAUCACUAGCGCUCAAGCAGACGUGAUCACCGCAGUGACAGAAUUACAUGGACUAUUAGACAUCACCGGAUCAGAGAAUGCGCUAUGGCAUCCUGCAGUUUGGCUUGAUCCCUCACAAUUCAGACUGAGAAACCCCGAGUGGCCUGCAUUGAUCGAUAAACUAUGCACUCAAAUCUUCCAAGAGCUCGACACCAUGACAACUCUCAAGGCUCAACUCUCGGAGUUGAUCGUUUUUAGAGCUGGAUCUGUGAAUAUACGCCACUAUGGCUUCAACGCCGUGAGGUCGCUAGGGACCCUUGAAAUCAAUCUCCCAUCCUUCCCUCUGGGUGGGGAGGUCGUGCUCAGGCAUGGGAUGCAGGAGCAGGUUUUCAAGCCGCACCAUGACAGACCGUCUUUCAUUUUCCGGCUCUCGGACGUUUCCCAGGAGACUCGCCCGUUGAGUUCCGGCUACCGAUGUGUCCUCGUGUAUGAUUUGAUGUGUUCUACGGUGCUAGGAAUCGUGCCCGCGUACUGGACAUUCAAGGUUGUUCAACAGUGGGUUUCGCAGAACUCGGCCUCCCGCGAGAAUAACUUCUUGUACUAUGUGCUCGAGCAAGACUCAGAUGCUCAGGAUGCCAGCCUCAGAGACGUAUCGCUAGCAAGCCGAAACGAAUUUCAGGUUUUGAAAAGUCUGGCUGAAGGUAUCCCGCUUGAGAUCUUCCUUGUGACGCUGAAUAAGAAAGUUACCAAAUUAGAUGACGAUGGGCACGAUCAGUUUCUUAGGUAUUGUGAAGCAAGAGAAAAGUCAGAACACGAAGCCUCGCUCCUUCGCGGUUCACAGAAGGUAGACCUCAGCGUCCGAAAUGUCAGGGAUACGGAACGAAGACUCAUGAAGCAUGCUCUCCCAUUGAAUGAAGAGAAUAUUCUUCAGGAGGACUGUUUCAAGGGCGCGGAUGGCUACGUGGAGCGUUUUGGGGAACACCCGGAUGGGUUGCUCAUGUAUGGGAUUAGGCUGUGGCAUUAG